AUCCUUCCCUACGUUUGGUGGAAUUACAGUUCCUCCAGUGCAAAAGAAAACUUGUUCUUUGUUUCUUCUUCAUUUUUCACUGUUAACCAGCAACAACAAUCUCAAUCCUCACAGAUCGCUCAAACUAUUCGAUCCAUCAUCCAAGGUAAGGGUGUCACAAGAUGAGUGAGGUUUUCGAAGGGUAUGAGCGCCAGUACUGUGAGCUCUCUGCUAAUCUCUCCCGAAAAUGCAGUUCCACGGCUCUUGUUUCUGAUCAGGAACAGAAGCAGCAAAAGUUUGCUGAAAUUAAAGCUGGACUGGAUGAUGCUGAUGUUCUGAUUCGGAAAAUGGACCUAGAGGCGAGGAGUUUGCAGCCAAGUGUAAAAGCAAUGCUUCUUGCAAAGUUGAGGGAAUAUAAAUCUGAUCUAAACAAGUUGAAAAAGGAAUUUAAAAGGUUAACAUCACCUAAUGCUGAUGAGGCUGCCCGUGAAGAUUUGUUGGAGACUGGAAUGGCAGAUACACAUUUGGCAUCUGCCGAUCAGAGAGAAAGAUUAACUAUGUCAGUGGAGAGAUUAAAUGAGUCAAGUGAUAGAAUUCGGGAGAGCCGAAGAACCUUGUUGGAGACCGAAGAACUUGGUGUCUCAAUCCUCCAAGAUUUACACGGACAGAGAGAGACUCUACUGAACUCCCAUAAAAAGCUUCAUGGAGUAGAUGAUGCUAUUGAUAAGAGUAAGAAGGUACUGACUACCAUGUCACGGAGAAUAACUAGAAACAAAUGGAUCGUUGCAUCUUUGAUUGGAGCUCUUGUUUUUGCUAUAGUUGUUAUUCUAUUUUACAAGCUAUCUCGUUAACUAAUAUGCACAAGAUAGGGCAAGAAUCUUAUCACAAGAUGCUUGCAAUGUUUUAUGCUUAUAUGUACUUGGUUGUAUAUAGGCACCGUAUGUGAUCAUAUCCCUGCAAUUAUUUCUCUGUUGUUAUGUUUAUGAUUGGUAAAUUUUCAAUGAUACCUUACAUUUUAUGCUCUUAAUUGUAUUUUUCUUUUGAACUGAACGAGUGUUUACCUGAUGCAAGUGGAAUUGUUAAUGUAUACUCAUUAUAUGACAUGAUGCUUUUAUGAAUUAAAAAUCCUUGUGCUAAUGCUGUAUGCAUGCUUGCCACCCUUCUUUUGUUUUUUUCUUAUGCAUUUUUGUUGCUUCUUGGCAUGUUUUGAGAUGAAAACGUGUUGGACAAAGCGUUUGAAUGAAAGGGUUUGUUUCAUAGUUGAAAUUAAAAUUUGGAGCAGUCGUCAUUUUUCUCCUUUCUUUCCCUCUGGACGUUUCCAAAGAGUGAAACGUGGAAGAAACAAAAGGGCAUUUUUAUUUUGGGUCCACAGACAUGGGAGCUCUAAAAGCACUUUCCCCUUCUAAGCGUGUAAUUAGCAAUUUUCUUUCUAUUUAUAAAAGGUUUAAUUAUGUUUUUAAUUUCUCAAAUUUUUUCAUUUUCAUUUUACUUCUUAUAUUUGAUUUGUUAUUUCUAACGAGUUUUUCAUAAUAAUUUUUAUUGUUAAAUGGUUUUUUUUUUAUUACCUUCUACUUUAUUUUCCUCCAAGUCGAGUUAUUGUAUUUUUUGUCAAUCUAAAGUAUAAAGAUUAACAAGGGGAUAAUAUAUAAUAAUCUUUAUCUCCUAUUUAUUGGUUAAAGAAAAACGCUUCUGCAAUUCUUGGCCUGAGAGUAAAAAUUGAAAUAGGAAUGAGAUGAUUAAGGAAGAAGUAGUGAUAGGAUAGGGUAGGAGUGAAGUAGUUGAGAUGAUUAAGUAAUCAUGUAGAAGAUGAUGACCAAGUUUAGGGGCUUCAUACCUUAAUACAAGAGACGUGGCAUGCGUUUUUCAUUUCAUUCAGAAGAAAGAAAAAUAAGACCCACGUGGACCCCAACUUCCCCAAAAAAUCUCCAAACUCCCAAACCCCAACUUCAACUUUUCUUCUUCUUCUUCUUCUUCUCUUCAGAAUUCAAAUCAUCCAUGGAUUCUCUUCCUUCGGUGUCUCCUUCCAUGGUUCUCCCUCCCACCAACCCCUUCCGUCGUCUUGUUCCCACCCUCGUCUCCGCCAGAACCAGAAGGACUCACCUGUCAGUCUCCUGCACCCUCGGCGGCGACGGAACUCACGACGACGUCGAGAGGGCGCUUCACAUGGACGGCACCAUUCCCACUACCUCCAACGAGUUCCUCAAACGCGUUUCCUCACGCGCCUAUGAUAUGCGCCGCAACCUCCACCAGUCCUUCGAUACUAGCAGCUACGACGGUACCUCCUCUUCCGUUUUGCUUCCUCGCUUUAAUUCAACUUUAUGAAUGAAUUGUUGCCAAAAUUAUUGGUUGGAGCAUGAAAUUUUGAUCGUUCCUGCAUUUAUCAAUUUUAUUCAAUUCACAAAUUAAGUCGUUGGACAUUGACACACGUGACUAGCUGCCAUGAGUAAUGGAAUGAACAAAAUGGUGUUGUUCUAUUCUCGCCGAUUACAUUCCUUCUGGUGAAAACCAAGAUGAACCAUUUUAAAAGAAUAAAUAAAAAGGAA